GGAAUCCUGAGCCUAAAAGGGCUUUAUCAGCUGUCGCAGUGCCACCCCUUUACCCUUGUGUCCCCAGCCCCUAGGCUGAUGCUAAGGACAGUCAUGUCGUGGAAGGUGUCUAUGCUUGUAGGACUGAUUGUGCUAGGCACUCAUAUAUGGACCAUUAACAAAGAAUUUCUAGACAUUACGAAGGAUCUAGAUUAUUUUGUGGCAUCAGUGGAGUUUGCUGUGGCUCAGUUCAAUGACAACAACCCAGAAGAGAACACAUACAGGUUGCUAGAAGUUGGCAGAGCCCAGAAAAAGACAUGGACAAUGAUUUUUUUAAUGGAUUUGGAGUUGGGCCGCACAAUUUGUAAGAAACAUGAUGAAAACAUCUAUAAUUGCCCAUUGCUACAAGGCUCAGGAGAAAAGAAGGUGCAUUGUGUUUUCCAAGUAGAUGCGAGAUCUUGGUUUUCCCACUUCACCAUUCUGACUAGCACCUGUGUGCUGACAUAAGUGCGGGGAGGGGCUUUGGCUAUAUAUAAUACUCUCCCUUCCUGUGGCGUAUGACUGUCCAUAGCCCAAGGUCUGUGUAGUGCUAAUGCAAUUAAAAGCAUCUCACAGC